AUGCCUCGAGCAUCUGAAGCAUCGAGUACAAAUAUCAUCGCUUUAAUUCCAACUUCGAGUUCGACUGCAGCAGUAACAAAAGCUAACAAAGUCUCAAAGAAUGCCAUUCACCAAUGGAUUUUAAUCCUAACAUUCAGCCGAAUGGAUUUCCGUUCUUUGCUCCCCA